AUGGGAACAAACGACCCGCCCCCGCCAUCAACCAGCUACCCGCGCCCGGACCUCGUCCGCAAGAACCUAACUUGGACUAUUCUAAACGGUCCCUGGGCAUUCCUCUUUGAUGACUCGAAUACCGGGCUCGAAGAAAAAUGGCAAGAGACCGGCCUCCCCGAGUCCGCAGACACACAUCGAAAAACAACGAUCAAUGUCCCCUAUGCGUUCCAGACCCGUGCGUCGGGAUUGGAUCUCCGCGAGGCGCACGAGGUGUUGUGGUAUGAGCGGGGCAUCCAGGACAUCCGGACCGAUGCCGAGAAAGCAGCGGGGCAUCGGGUGCUGUUGAGAUUCGGGGCCGUCGAUUACGAGUGUUCGAUCUGGGUUGAUGGGCAUCUGUACGGCGAGCAUCGGGGCGGCUAUGUACCCUUCGACGUUGAUAUCAGCGAUGCGUUCGCCGCUGCUGCAGAGAACGACGAGAAAAGAGUCACAGUCCGCGUCCGCGACUCCCCCACAGACCUCACGCAGCCGCGCGGGAAACAGUACUGGGGUCCCGAGCCCGAAAGUAUCUUCUACACCCCGACCAGCGGGAUCUGGCAGAGCGUGUGGCUGGAGAGUGUCCCCGCGGUCCGGAUCGGGGAUUGGAGUGCGGGCACGGUGCUUAGUGGGGAUGACAUUGAGGAAGGGAGGGUUAGGGGGGGAGUCGUCCUCGAGGGAGUCUCGCAUGGCGCGUUGAUUAUCAGGACGGUGGUUAGUUUGACGGGGGAGGUUAUUGGGAAAUCAAGUCUGGGUGUGGGUGCGAGCGACAAGGAAGAUUCCGUCGCGAUUGAUCUCGACGUGCGGAUUUCCGAGGGCGAUGCGGCGACGGGCAGGAUCGAGAGUGAGCUCGAGCUCGCGUAUCCGGAGGCGGACGUCUGGUACAACCGGAUUGCGCUGUGGGCGCCCGAGCAUCCGAUCCUCUACGACGUCGAGAUCUCGCUCGAAGAUGCCACGGGGAAUGUUAUAGACGAGGUCCAAACUACAGUCGGCAUGCGCAGCAUAACGUGGGAAAACGGCGACGGGACCUUCCGGCUCAACGGCCAACCCUACUUCCAAGCGCUGGUCCUCGACCAGGGCUACUGGCCCGACACGGGGCUCACACCCCCGUCAUCGGACGCGUUGAAAGCAGACAUUGAACUGGCCAAGAGAAUGGGAUUCAACGGGUGCCGCAAGCACCAAAAGGUCGAGGACCCGGUUUUCCACUACUGGGCGGAUCGCCUGGGAUAUCUCGUCUGGGGCGAGAUUGGGAAUGCAUACGAGUUCAACCAGGAGUAUAUCGAGAGGUUCAAUGAGGAGUGGGCGGCGGCUGUCAAGAGGGACCGCAGCCAUCCGUGUGUGGUUGUCUGGACGCCGGUUAAUGAGUCGUGGGGGUAUAAGGAUCUCAAGGGGAAUGUGGAGCAGAGGAAUCACAUCCGGUUGAUUUAUACGUUGACCAAGUAUAUCCCUCCGAUUUCUUAG